AUGAGUAAUGUGAAAGAAGUAGGAACUCCACUGUCUCAGAGUUUUAAGCUGUCUAAGAGUCAGGCGCCUAAGUCUAAACACGAGUCCCUUGAAAUGGAUCAGAUUCCUUAUGCAAGUGUUGUUGGAAGUAUCAUGUAUAUAAUGAUUUGCACCAGGCCUGAUCUCUCCCAUGCCUUGAGUGUAACUAGCAAGUAUAUGUCUGAUCCAGGAAAGGAACAUUGGAGUGCGCUUAAGUGGGUUCUCAGAUACUUGAAGGGGUCCAGUAGUUGUGGAAUAUUGUUCAAAAGAUGUAGCAAGGUGAGUCAAGAGGGUGUAGUUGGUUACUGUGAUGCUGACUAUGCCACGAAUCUGGACAAUAGAAAAUCUCAGUCUAGAUACUUGUUCACUUUGUUUGGGUCUGUGGUGAGCUGGAAGUCCAGCCUGCAGAGUGUUGUGGCCCUCUCAACAACCGAGGCCGAAUACAUGGCUCUUACCUCAGCUGUGAAGGAAAGUUUUUGGAUACAAGGUGUAGCUGCUGAUUUUGGCAUAGUUCAAGAAACUGUACCACUGUUUUGUGAAAACAGUUCAGCUAUCUGUUUGGCCCAGCAUCAAUACUUCCAUGAGAGAAGUAAGCACAUUGAUGUAAGGCUUCACUUCAUUAGAGAUAAAGUUGAGAAUGGGAGAGUUAAGGUUGUAAGGAUUGAUACUCUACACAAUCCAGCUCAUAUGUUCAUCAAGGUUCUUGGCAGAGAUAAGUUUGAGCAUUGCAAGGAGUUGAUUCUUGUGUGCAAGAAAGACUGA